CUUGUUGUAAAUAUGGCCGACAGGUGCUCGCUUAUGUUGUCAUUAAUGGUUCCAUUCUACUAAGCCUUUCACAUGUGGCAUUAAUUCGGAUUUUCAGUUGUGGCAUUCGGGAAAUUAAGACACAUGAGACAUGACAUCUGCCGAAGCCUAUGAAGCGUAUGAAGCAUCAGACGAGGCAUCGGAGAGUGAGCUGCUGGACAAGAGUCUGUCGUUCUGGAAGGGCUGGGGAGUGGUGGAGAAGGAGGUGUUCACGCCGGUGCCGCACGACAUCCACACAGCCUGCAGCAUCGGGCACUAUGACUAUGUCAGGUCUCUCAUUAUCAGGGGCGAUGUGGAGAUUGACAAGAAGAACAGAGGGAGCUGGACUCCUCUGAUGUAUGCCUGCUACAUCGGCCACGACAACAUCGUCAACCUGCUGAUAGACUCGGGGUGUGAUGUGAAUGUGAAGAACCACAAGGGACAGACACCGCUGAUGCUGGCCGCCAGUUGUGGGAAUGAGACUGUGGGCAGGACACUCUGCAGGAAUGGAGCGGAGCUGGAGGAGUGGGACAAGAAGGGGUGGACAGCUUUGUUUCAUGCUACGUACGCCGGCCACCAGAACUUUGUCCUCUUCCUCCUGGAGCAUGGGGCCAACAUGAGUGCUGUAGAACCUAGUUCUGGUAAGACGCCCUUCCUGGAGGCUGCAGCAGAGGGACAUGAGAUCAUUGUACAGUAUUUUCUACAUAAUGGUGUUGAUGUGAAUGCACGAGCAUUUAAUGGUGACAUGGCGAGAUCCUUAGCUCUCAUCAACGGGCAUAUGAAGAUCGUCAGUCUGAUCGAGAACCACGUCAUGCCCAUAUCUACUCUUCGGUCGGAGCCAGAUCUAGACGGAGACUUGAGCUCCUCGGACGAAGCCUAUCAACGACCCAGACAUCACCCUACACUCAGAAACUCCAAGACCAAAUUGAGAGACCCGAGUAUAACAGAUGGGCCGAAGGCGAUAGCCAGACUCAUAGACAGAGGCCACCCCAAUUCCUGUGUGCCAAAAGGCUACAUGACAUUCCCACAGGCAGAAGGACCACAGGCAGAGGAGACCAAGCUCUCAUACAGGGACGUCACCUCACCCAUCAACCCGGAGGACUACACGUUGGACAGCUCAGGGGGGCGAGAGUCGUGUGAGUAUGAUGAUGACAGCAAUGCCUUCUCCAAAACUGGUGCAAUAACCAUCAAGAGCAGCUCCAGCUCUAGCGGCGGACUCGUGGCCGCCCUCGGACUCCACCGAGAGAGUAGUAGUGACAGUGACGAACUUGUGAUGUCAGGGUCACAUGACCGGAAGUUGGAGUCACGUGACAGGAUGACCGAGACACAGGACAGGAAGUCUGUUUCACAUGACAGGGCAUCAGAGACACGUGACAUGACGUCACAUGACAAAAAGUCGGUGUCACAUGACCGGACUAUAGAGUCACAUGACAGGAAGUCAAAGUCACGUGAUCAGAUCCCAGGAAAGAAAACCAAGUCUCAUACGUCCAAUCAUGACAGGCAUGAACAAAAUGUGCCUCAAUCACCUCACAUCGAAUCUCAAAUGGAGAAUGUUCAGAUCUCAAACUCUAGUGACAUUUCUAGUCCGAGCUUCACUUCUCGAACCCUAUCACAGAUCGGGAAGGAAUCCGAUUCUGACUCAAGUUACUCUCCGAUGACUUCUCCCUCCAUGAUGAGAGACUACGGCAGUGACAAAGAUUCUGCAAUUGUGCAAGAUUCCGAGUUUCCACAGGAUCCCACACCCCUUGCACUUAGACCACAAUGCACUAGUCAAGAUGGCCGCAGCAACAGUAUUGCCUAUGACUAUUUGCCCCCGCUACAGCCACGGGACACUCCGACAGGGUUACGGCGGCCACUGGCGGAGACAGCGUGCAUCCUCCCUGGCGACCCCCAGGACUUACACACUCUGCUGCAGCAACUGGGACUUCAGAAAUACCUGGCAACGUUCGAGGAGCAGGAUGUCGACCUACCAGUGUUCCUCUCACUCACGGAUAAUGAUCUCAAAGAAAUAGGCAUCAAGUUGUUUGGUCCUCGGAAGAAGAUGACAAAUGCUAUAGCUCGGUGGCACAGUCGCGCCCCGUUAGCAUCCUCCAACCUGGAGCAGUGUUACGCUGACCGGCUAGAGGGAGAGAUGCAGGAGCUGGCCAUACAGCUCAACCAGGUGUAUGCCAACGUGGAGAAGUUGAAGGCCCAGGUGCAACAGGAACAACAGUUGAGAUCAGUCACAGAGAGCUGCCUGAUGGAAGAACGGGGGCGCGUGCAGCACGUUACCAUGGAUACAAGACACAAAUGUGCUGAAAUCAAAGACACUGUUAAGAGGCUCAAACAUUUCCAUUCUGAAAUCAAAGAGAGGCUGUCAACCUAUCUAAGCUCAGCAGACGACCAAUCAAAUCAUGGAUCUCAUUCCAGGCAGGCAGAUGUUAUGAAACAAGGCUUCUCAUUUGAUGACAGACAAACACGGCCAGCCAAUGAUGUGAAAGCUCUGUCUCUGGAGAUUUUGAUCCGAAAGACAGAACAUUAUGUGAAGGAUAUCCAACAGUGUGUGUCUCUGAUCCUGGUGAACAAUGAACAUUUGAUGGACAAAGCUAUCAAGUGUAAUGUAGAUCAAGGCUAUGGGUAGCAGAUCAAAUAGGAUUUCGUUUUCAAGUCAUAUCACACCAAAAUGUUAUUCAUUUUACACUUAUAUUAGUAUGCUGUCUCAUUCAAAAUGAUUGCAUUGUGAAACUGUUUUGAUUAUUUGUUAUUGUUUUUUGUGAGAGAUCUAGUCAGUGAUGAACAUUAAGGGCAACUCAUGUUCUUUUCAGAUAAACGGCUUUGUUAGAAUAGACCGAGAAAAAAUAUAUUUUCCUGAAUAUUAUCAAUGUUUUAUCAUAGAGGCUUGAUGUUUUUUUCACUUGUUUUUGACAUUCUUACAUUAUGAAAUAGCGAUGCACUUGAUUAAGAGUAUGAUGGUCUAAUUUUGAAGAAGUAAAAUUGUAUGUUGGAAUACGCAUGUUCGAGCUCCGUCCUCAGUUGUUACAAACUGUAUGCUCCUGACCUAUGACUAUGCUCUUAUCAGUUUGAAGGGAAAGUUAGUACAUCGACCCAGAAGAAUUGAACAAGUUCUAAUCUCUUAAUAUAUGUUACAAUAUUCUUUUCAGUCCGGGAGGUGGGGAAGCCUGGUGGUUAAAGCAUUUGCGCGUCAUACUGAAAGCCGGGUAUGUUUCCCUAAAAGGGUUCAGUGUCUGAAGCCGAUAUCUUGGGUUCUGUUCCGUGAUAUUGCUCUUAUAUUGCUGGAAGUGAUGUAAAACCAUUCUCCCUCAAAUUGACUAUUUGCAAAUUAAAUCGUUUUUCCUUUUUUCUUUCAAAAGAUACAAAAAUGUUUUUCACUGAAUUUUGUAAAUGAUAAUGUACUAGCUGCUCAUGGAACUACCACCCUUAAAGAAUGGGCUGUUCAGAGACUAUAGAAAUAACGAAGGCUAUAACUUAUGUUUUCAAAGCCCAUAAAUUAUUCUGGAAUAUCAUAAACUUCAUCCACCAUAGGGGAGGUCGGGUAGCCUGGUGGUUAAAGCGUUCGCUCGUCACGCCGAAGACCCGGGUUCAUUUCCUGACAUGGGUACAAUGUGUGAAGCCCAUUUCUGGUGUCCUCCGCUGUGAUAUUGCUGGAAUAUUGCUAAAAGCGGCGUAAAACCAUACUCACUCACUCAUUAUGGGUAACGUGAAUCGAUCCCACAACCUCUUGAUAGUAGUGUGGGAAUCUAACCAUUAAACCACAGACCUGGUUAAAGAUAUAUGGUUCAUUAGAAGGUAUCAUGGUACAGCGGUUAUCUCCCAAAACCCCUACAUCCCAUUUCCCCUACAACCCAGUUCCCCUACAAUUAGUUAAAACAACACGCGGCAUUUACCUGUCUGGUAUUAUGAACUCACCUAAAGGAGAGAUUAAGGUC